CCCCAUGGACUUGAAACUCCUCAGAAGAACGAGCUCUCUCUAGCUAGUGUUAGGUGCGGAAGGCGUGAGCAGGAAGAAGAAUAAUUCUCCCAGAAGCCGAAGCCAAAAGCCAGACAGAGAUGGAGCAGAAGAAGAGCAGUAGCAACGGCAGCAACAGGAACCAGAACAACGAAGACAGGUAUCUGGGCGUGGCAAUUCACAGCCAGGUGAUCAAGAUCAAGCAAGAAAUGGAGAAGAUCGGGCACCUGGCGCUGCAGCAGUCGGAGAUAAGACUCGCUCUUCGCGAGAUCACGCAGCAGCAGCAGAAGCGGCAGCGGCAGCGCUCGCGCUCGCCUCUGGGAUUAGGUGAGAGACCCAUCUCAGUAGGCGGCUCAUAGAAGAUGAUAAUACCUUUAUAUAUAUAUAUAUAUAAAAGACGGGACGGGACUCAGGGCCGCGGCAUCCAUAUAGAAUUACAGAUAGGAUUCAUGUUUCCCCUACAUAUGUCUUCUUGGUUUUUCUUAUCUCAGAUGUACAUAUCUUGAUGUAGAAGAUGCUGAGAACUUCCUGGUCAAGGAACUUCUAUUUGUAGCCUUUUUGCUUUUGAUAGAUUUGAGUCUGCAACAUCAUCUCUUUCCUGGUUUUCAAUUUUGCAAAGAGGGAAUUUUUCUCACCCUACGUGUGGUUCAAAGUCAGGAUCUGUAUUCUGUUUUAUUUCUUUUUUUUUUUGUGAAUACUUAGAAUUCUGCAAAAGUUCAUAGACCUAUCUUAGACCUAUUCUAUUGUAUAUUGAAACAUUCAACAUCUGCAUCCCCAUCACUUUGCCAUCCUUAA